AUGCCGAACGAAGACGAGCUGAAGGAGAUCAUGAAAACCUACGACGAGGUUGGAAUGACGGGCGCCAUGGGAUCGAUGGAUGGGACGCAUCUUCAGUGGACGGUGUGUCCUUAUUCGGAACGCUCGUCGCACGUUGGCAAGGAAGGCUACGCUACCCUCGUGUACAAUGUUGCCGUCAGCCACGACAUGCGUGUUUUGUCGUGUACGCGGGGCUUCCCCGGCGCCCAGAACGACAAGACCAUCGUCAAGUUCGACAAGUUCGCGACGGAGGUUCGAAACGGCUGGUACAAGGACGUAGAGUACACUCUGAAGGGCGAGGACGGAGGGGACAUCAAAGAGACAGGGCCAUGGUUGAUCGUGGACGGCGGAUAUCACAACGUGAGCGGACUCGUGUUCCACCGAAUUUGUAGUGCGGAUUGUCUUUAUUUGCACCCGGCGCGCGCCAAGUUUGGUGUUCCGUUUACAAGCAUUACGUAG